AUGAUAGGAUAUAACUUUAUACAUGAUAUUCAAGACAUUAUUAAAAAUGAUAUACCUGUGCAUUUUGUUAAUUUUGAGUAUUAUGCACGUACAAUGAAAAUAACAUAUCCAAUUGAGUUAGGAAUUUGUACAUAUAAAAUGAGUGAAUUUAAAUUGUUAGGAGAAUUUCACCAACUAAUAUACUGUGAUAUUAAUGAGUUUGUUGAUAAGAAAAAAAUAAAGAACCAUCAUGGAUUAGAUACUACAAGUUCAUUUUUAAGAAAUGAUUAUAAAAAUAUUGUAAAUGAAUUAACAAAAUAUUUAAAAUCUUUUAAUGAUAAAAUUUGUUGUAUUGUAAAAAGAAAAGAAACUAGAAACCCAAGUUAUGAAUGUUUUGUUAAACUUUUUCAAUUAGCAAAUGAACAAUUUAAAAAUUUUGAAUUUAUUAAAGAAAGUGAAUUUCUUUAUUUAUUAUGUUCUUUUUAUAAUAAAUCAAUAGAAAGUCCGUACUCAUUAUUGAUGUCAGUUUCUACUAGAAUUGGGUCUAUAGAAAAAUGUCAAAUUCAUAAAGAAAUAAUGUCAAAAGGAUGUGCUCUUGAUUCAGUUAAAUUAAGUGCAAAUUCAAUUUUUGUCAUUAUGAAAAAUAUGAAAAUUCCAUUUAAAGAAAUAGACCAAUUACCUAUUUUAUUAUUUGUUAAUAAAAAUUAUGAAAAAGAACAAUUUGUAUCAUCUCCUCAUUACUCAAAAUCAAAAGAAGAAAUUAUCAAAGAAAGAGCAGAAAGAAAAGAACAAAAAAAAUUAAAACAAGAAUCCAAGAUAAUAAAAAAGGAAGAACAUUAUGAACAACAAUUUAUUAAAGAAAAAAAAGAUUUUAUAAUUAAAGCUAAUGAAAAACAAAUUGAAAAUGAAGAAAAUGAAUUUAAACAAAAUAAAUUUAAAUUAAUUGCCCUUAACCUUUUUAAAGAAAUAAACAUUUUUGAAUUUCCUAUUCAUUUCUUUGAUUUUGAAUUUUCUUCUUCAAAGACAGAUGGUGUUAUUCCACUUGAAUUAGGUAUUUCAACUUAUUAUUUAAAUGAAAGUAAAGAAAUUAAUUUUUAUCAUACAUUAAUUAAACCAAGUCAUUAUAAUAGUUCAUUUGAAAGAGCUGUUGGAGUUCAUGGAAUUGAUUUACAUAUGAACUAUACUCAAAGUUAUUCUGAAAUAAUAAAUGGAUUAACAAAUUAUUUAAACUCAUUUAAAGGAAAGAAGUUAUUAGUUUUAAAAGAUGAAACUAUUGGAGGAGAUGUUUUAUGUUUUAAUAAUUUAUUUGGAUAUAUACAACAAUCAAUUCCAAAUGAUUAUAUAUUUACAACACAUCAUUUCUUAUUAGAGUAUAUAGCAACUAUGAAAGGAUUUGAUAAUAAUAAAGCUAAAGAAUAUGGAAUUCUUAUGAAUGAUGUUUAUAAACAAUUAAAAAUUUCUAAUAGAUGUCCAUAUCAUCAGUUAUUAGCUGACAGAUAUCAUUGUGGUUUACAAGAUGCUAGGCACACAGCAUUAGCAACAUUAUUAAUAUUAAGAGAUAUUGGUUAUAAAAUAAAAAAUAAUGAUAAAUUACCAUUUUGUGUGAUUCAUAAAAACACAGACUUCUCUUUUAAUAAAAACAGAUUUGUUUUUGUUGAUACAAGUGCAACUGAUGAUAGAAAAAUUAUUGAACUUUGUCUUUCUUCAAUUAAAAUAAAUAAUCAAAAUGAAUUGAUUGUUGAUAAACAAUAUUUUACUCAUUUUAACUUCUCAAAUAAAAUUCAAACAAAAGAAGAAGAGCCUAAAGAAAUAAUUAAUACUCUCAACUCAUUUUUAUCUCAAGACCCUCAAACAGUAAUUGUUCCAAUUAGUUUUAAUUCUCCUAAAAUCAUUGAAUUUCUUAGUUAUAGGCAAUUCCCUCUUUUGGCAUUUACAGAUUUUAUGUCUUUAUUUGUAAAACAUUUUAAUCCAAAAAAGAAAUCUACUGGUUUAUUAUCUAAAGCAAAAAAACAAUGUUCAAAAUAUUUACAUGUUCUUCAAUGCCCUUCUCAUCCAAAAGAAUUGGAUAAUUGUUGUUUUGUAACAUCAACAAAUAUAUUAUUUUCUUUACAAUAUUUAACAACACAUUUGAAUUAA